CGGCGACCUGUUGGGAAACCAUAUGUUGCCAUUCUCGAAAGAUUAGAACAAGCUGACUAUGUUAAAAGGAACAGUAUGUUCCAAAUCCUGUAUACAAUAAAAGAUUUGUCUUAGAUCUAUAUCAAAAGUAUGUAUUCAACAACAUAUACGCUCAUAGAUUUGUAUAUAUCAGAAUGUAUAGAGUUUAGGAGGUUUCCCGAAAGAGAUAUUAAGAACGUGUAAAUCUUUUUUACUACGUAUUUAACUAAUGAUAAAAAUAAAUAUGAUUUGUGAUCUUUAGAUAUCUGUACCAAUUUUAGUUAAAAGGUCAAUCUGAAUCGUUAUAUAAUUCAAUAUAAUAUUAUCGAAACUAAUACUCUGGUCUCUCUUAUAUGUUUUAUGUAUAACGUUCAGGUUUGAAAAUUCGCCAUUUCGGGACAUUGUAACAUGUGAAGAAAUCCGUUCCAACAAAUCCAAAAUUUAAUAUCGCUCAUGAGAAGUUCUCAAUUUUAUCACAAUAUUUCCUUUUCAUCUUCGAAAUAAAAGACAUUUUUUUAAAUAAAAAAGAAACGCAAGAUAUAAACAUAUACUUUUGAGUGUUCAAAAGAAAAGCACAUUGCGCCAAAAUUCCUUUCCCUCUGAACACCAAUAUAUAGAUUAUAUUUUAUAAGAAAUGAAUGCGGUGGUGUCCUUGAUGAAAUAUAAAUCGUUACUUGUAACGCCUAUAAGAAAGAUGGCAGGGCAUAAUAAAUGGUCAAAUAUUAAGCACAUAAAAGCUGCAAAAGAUUCUAAAAAAGCUGCAAUAUCAAUGAAAAUCAUGCAAAAAAUGCGUUUAGCAAUAAAAGAGGGAGGUAGUCAUAAGCCAGAGUUAAAUUCCAGAUUAGCACGACUUGUGGACGAAGCCCGAUCCAACAAUAUUCCUAUGUCAUCUGUUGAAAAUGUUUUAAAAUCAGCCGAAAAAAAUAAAAAUCAAGGUACACAUUUGUUUGUGGAAGGAAAAGGCCCAGGUGGCUGUAUGAUGAUUGUUGAAGUUUUUUCUGAUAAUCCUAGACGAACUCGUCAAGAAUUGAGUGCUGCUUUUAGAAAAUCUGGGGGCGCCAUUGGAGAUUCAGGAACGGCGUCUCACGCCUACAAUUACAAAGGAAUUGUGAAUAUAUUGAAAGAAGGUUGCUCUCUUAACGCUGACGAAGCAACUGAAUUAGCUAUAGAAUGCGAAGCGGAGGAUGUAUCGGAAACUGUUGAUGACAAUGGUAGAGAGGUGUGGCAAUUUAUAACCGAAAGAAAAGAUGUUCAUAAAGUAAAGUCAGAAUUAGAAAAGAGAAGCUAUAAAUCAACUGAAGCUCGAUUUGCCUACAUACCAGAACUUUUUGUUGAGCUUGACGAACCGGUCUUAGCGGCCGCCAUAUCGUUAUGCAAUUAUGCAGAUCAAAUGUCCGACGUAAUAAGGGUGUACGAUAAUAUAAAAAUACAAUGAUUUAAUUAAAAACAAACUUUAUUAAACAAAAAAUAACUCAACAAAAAUUUUUUUCAAAGCCUAUGAUAACACAAAAAAAUACUUGAAGCACGCGAAAUGAGAAUUUUUCCGAGUUUUUUGACGGCUUUGUAUUUGUAAUUUUUUUUUUUUUUUGAAUGAGCUGUGUAAGGAUUGAGGCGGAAGGCAAAAAGAUGAGAAUGAUAUUUUUCAUAUGGGAAAAAAAAUUAAAUUACCAAACCAUCCGCUCUAUCGUCAAUUUAAAAACCACAAAGCGAACAACACUACAUAUAUACUUUUUUUUUUUUGAAAAGAGCUAUUAAAAACACAGCUGGAGGAAGAGUUUUAAAAUGACUUUAAAAAAAUAUCUAAUACUCAAAACUAACGUAAUUAUCUAGAAGUUCUACCAUUUGCCAUAGGUCUUGUUUUAUUCUUUCUAUUUACACCACUUGAACUAGUACUUCUUGUCUUGGCUGUCGACGGUCUCCACAUUUGGGAGGCUAUUGGCUUGCGUACCAUACCAUCUUUGUCCCGUUUGGUUGGGGUGGUAGGAACUGUGGAAUGACUCGAAUCCGAGUCAGAUUUACUUCUGGUAAUGGAAACUAGAACUUCUUUCUUUUUUGGUGCAGCGUCUUCGCAAGGUGAUGUCGAACGCGACGAAUGACUCCCAUCUGAACUAUAGGCGUCCAUCUGGGCGAAUGGAAGUGUUGAAAAGGCCGUUAAGGCCACUGGUACGGGUAUAUGGUAAUAGGCUUUAACCCAUUCUCUAUACUUGACGACAUCCUCUGGUAUUCGUAUAAUCCUUCCCAACAUACCAUUACCCACAUUAUGACCAGCUGUUUGGAGUACAUGGCCGUUAGAUAAAGUAACGUAUGCGUACUCAAAGGCAUGUUUAACUUGCAUAACCCCGUAGGAUGAUCGUCCUAUGUCAUUUGUAGGCUCCAAGGGAUCUUCUAUGCAUAAAAUUCCAGAGUUAUCUAGAGGUAAUUCAGACUUUGGCUUAUACGACCCUCUGUCUCUUAUAGUUAUGGCAGUUUUAAAAUAAUUGAAAUUUCUUCCAUACAAUUCGAAGAAUUCAAUGAGAAGGAUUCCUAAAUUAGUAGUAGUUAUUCUGGAAUCGUACCUUGGAUUUAAUUGUAAAAAAGAAAUAGUCAACAAUAUCAAUGAGUACGAUGAUAUACCACCGCAAAACACCUCGUUCAAAUCCCUCUGCAGGAGAAAUUGUUUUAGAACAAGAACUAAAUAGGGUAAAUGCGGCAUCCGGCACAUAUAACGUCGAAUAAGUUCAGCACUCUUAACUGAAUUUUUCAUAUUAAAACUGAUAUCGACAGUAACCGAUGUAAAUUUAUCGGUAAGCUUUACAAUAGGUACUGUAGCCCUUGAUAAUUCUUUAACGUCAUUUUCGUUACAAACUCCGUCCUUAAUCAAUUGUUCACGAAGUUGUCGAAGAGGCGGACUUGGCCAAUCACCAAAAACUACAAGGUCAAUAUCACUGGUUGGUAAAUAAAGUUCCGUUUUGAAACUACCGAAUACUUCGACUCGGACGUUCUCGUUCGGAAAGAGGUUAUUUACAGAUUUCGUUAUUCUAUCAAUAACGUCUUGCCUCAUCUUAUGUUCGGCACGAGUUGGUCUCAUGUACAUAUUAAAGUCGAGGAUUUCUUCAUGUAACCUGUGUGAAAAUAAAUAACGACUCCAUUAAUUAGCUAUAUAAUACAUAAACCAUUGAAUUAGGUCGAAAUUUUAUUAUUUUAUUGUAGGGGUAAUAUCACUUUUCCUCAAUCCGUAGUAAAUGUUGUUUACGUUAUACUAGAAAGUACACUUUUACUAGAAAAGAGGCGUUGGUAAAUAAGAAGAAAGGCUAUUAUUUACAAAAGAUUCUCGAUAUUUAUAUGUUUAUUGAUAUGUUAAAAUGUAGGUUGUUUUUCAUUAAACCUCUCUAUCGUUUCUUUUUAAAAAAAAAUUCUUCUCUAAUAUAUAAUAUUACAAAACUGUAGUUGAGCACUGAAUAGAGCAGAAACCUACCAUACUGCAAUAAAUUAGUUGCGUAAAAAAAAGAGAUGAUAGAUAAAAAAAUCAAGACUAAUAAUUCGUCGUUAUAUUCAAUAGCUAAUACGUCCUACACUUACCCUGCCAUCCCAGGCGAGUAUUUCUUCUGAUGUGGUAUCCAUGGUGUCAUCGGAGAUUCACUAUCAACCUCCAGAUGAUGAGCAUACGCAGAACGACUCAAACCGUAUGUACUGGCUAUAUUAUCCCUGCAUGGUCGAAAUAUUUUCUUCUUUCCAACUUGCUCGUCCUCAUACGUUUUUAACUUACACUCUUCUUCAUUUUGAUCACGGCUGGUUUCAACAACACGCGUCCAGAAAUCGCUAGCCGGACCCCGACAUUCAGCCGGUAACCAGUCGAUUCGUGGAUUCAUCACCGUGUUUCUCACGCCUUUAUUAGCUAUUACUGUAUAACUUUCCUUCAGACGUUAUUAUAACGCGUGAAAAUUAUCUUGUUUACGUUGGUUUGCUUUUGCUACGGACAGCGCCGACUACAACAGCUACGCCCUCCGAAGCCCGUUUGAGGGAAACUCUCAUGGCAUGGCUAAAUAUAGACAGUACGCCAUUUUUCUUUUUGUCAGUUUCAUUUACGUCUUAAUUGACCUUGUUUGAAGACACUGCAUCAAAACGAAUCGAUUUUUUUUCGCGCCAAAAUGUUUAAAUGUUAAUUUUUGCAUUAUUAUAAAAUAUCUUGUUGAAGAAAAACAUAAUUAAUUUUUUAUAUAAAAUUAAUGAACAGUCUAUGUUAAUUCUUGAUUGAACAUAUUUGCAACAUAACGAACAGCUGUUUGAAGUGACGCCAGACAAUAUCCUUCUUCACCCAUUAAAUAGCUGUUGAAAAAAAGACAAUUGUUAAUAAUUAUAGAUUUAUUGACAAUUACAAGAAAAGUUACUCUUCAUGGGUAAAUUGUUCUAU